AAGGUGAAGAAGGUAGUUCAGGGUGACAAUACCUCCGAAGGAAGUAUCAUUGAAGUAUACUUCAGUAAGGAUGUCCUAACAGCGGAGAUCAUCGCUGUUGAUGGUAAGUCGUAUUUUUCAUUUUAGCCCUCUUGACCGGCAAGGAUUGUCACUUCUUUUAGUGGUAUCUAGUGCUUUCUUGAUUCUCCAGCGAGCUCCCAAAGCGACUCAGUGUUUCAGAACUGUUUUAUUCCAUUUUCAUGUACAUGUAGCACUGGAUUUCUAAACUUCCCACCUUAACCUGUUGCUAAAUAGCCUGUUUGCCUUCUUGACCAACUCAUUCAUUUCCCUGUAUACUGAAUGUUUAUAGAUGAAAAUAGCAAUUUAGAUCACUUGUUGAUCAAUUUCCUGCAAGAUGUGAAGAUCAAGCAUCGCUUUCCUUCUGAUGAGACGUCCGAAGAAGACCGGGAAAUUAUUAAAGAAGGAGCCAACAAGAAAAAGGUAAGCCUUAUAUCCAUUUAUCCCUAA